CCUGAGCCCCGGGACUCCUCCCCUAAUGCAGACCGAGCGGAUCGCUCUUCCUGCGGUGUGACAGCAGCAGCAGCAGCAGCAGCACUGGCGCAUCGCGUGUCUUUAAUAUCCACUCGAUUCUUUUCCUCUCGCGCUGAGCUAUUAAUACAGCCUCAUCUGGUCUCCCUCCCUCUGGACGGACUGCAGGACGGAGCGGGCUUCUCGAAAAAAAAAAAAAAAAAUGGCCAACAGAGAUGAUGAAUACGAUUUCUUGUUCAAAGUGGUUCUGAUCGGAGAUUCUGGCGUCGGGAAGAGUAACCUGCUGUCGCGCUUCACGAGGAACGAGUUCAACCUGGAGAGCAAGAGCACGAUAGGAGUGGAGUUCGCCACCAGGAGCAUCCAGGUGGACGGCAAGACGAUAAAAGCUCAGAUCUGGGACACGGCGGGGCAGGAGCGCUACAGGGCCAUCACCUCCGCGUACUAUCGCGGCGCGGUCGGAGCGCUGCUGGUGUAUGAUAUCGCCAAACACCUGACCUACGAGAACGUGGAGCGCUGGCUGAAAGAGCUGCGAGAUCACGCCGACAACAACAUCGUCAUCAUGCUGGUGGGGAAUAAGAGCGACCUGCGCCACCUGAGAGCCGUUCCCACCGACGAGGCUCGAGCCUUCGCAGAGAAAAACAACCUGUCGUUCAUCGAGACGUCCGCUCUGGACUCGACCAACGUGGAGGAGGCCUUCAAGAACAUCCUAACAGAAAUUUAUCGCAUCGUAUCACAGAAGCAAAUCGCUGACCGAUCGGCUCACGACGAGUCGCCGGGAAACAACGUGGUGGACAUCAGCGUCCCGCCGACCACAGACGGCCAGAAGGGCAACAAACUGCAGUGCUGCCAAAACCUGUAACCACGGCAACCAGCCUCACCCGCCACUCAUCCGUCUCCCUCCAUGUCGUGCGCUCGCCAUUUAUUUGUGUAACAUAUGUAUAUUUUUCUUUUUUGAUAGCUUGUCCGCUCACGUGCCAUGAGUAAACUUGUACAGCAUC